GACUUUAUCACAGAAUAGGCAGUCUGUCUGUGACUUCGUUUCGAAGGAAAGCUGUCAAAAUAUAAUAAAGAGGAAUUAAGUAAAAAUAAUAUUCGCUGUAAUUAUUUUGGCUAAUUGUUUACGUUGUUUAAAGCAAAAGUUGUCGUGACGAUAACGGACCCAUCUAAUUUUAUUAUUUAGAUAUCGUUGUUUAAGAAUGCCACGAGGUAAAUUCACGAAUCACAAGGGCCGUAAUCGGAGAUUUACGAAUCCCGAAGAACUCGAAGAAGAACGUAGACGGGACGAAGAGAAGAACUGGAGAAAGCAACAGGGCGGUUCAAGUAGUGAAGAAAGUGAACAAGAAAAAGACGAUAAAAGUAGCAGCGGCGAUUCCGAUAGCGAGGAGAGCAGCGAAGAAGAUACGGGAGCGAAAGGGGUAUCAAAUCUAAUAGAAAUAGAAAAUCCAAAUAGGGUACAAAAAAAAGUUAAAAAGGUAUCCACAUUAAAAACGGACGAAUUACAUAAACCACAGCUUUCGAGGAGGGAAAGGGAAGAAAUAGAGAAGCAAAAGGCACAUGCCCAUUAUCAAAAGUUGCACGCAGAGGGUAAAACGGAUCAGGCACGGGCUGACUUGGCCAGGUUAGCAAUCAUUAGGCAACAGCGGGAAGAGGCUAAGAAACGGAGGGAAGCAGAACAAAAAGAAAAGGAAGAUGCUGUAAAAGCAAAGACGGCCCAAACUCAAAAGGCCUUGGGGAAAAAAUAAAGUCCUAGGACAAAAUAUAUAUAAACCUAUAGGUUUCCCUUAUUACAAUGAAGUUUUCACUGAUGAUUAAUUAUGUUCUUAAUUCAUUACCUAAUGCAAUAUUUGGAUGCUAGCAAUGGAUUAACUUACAAAGUUUUGCAUUAAGUACUGAUAUUUACAAAAGCAAAUAUUUUAUGUUUCUAAUAAAAAAAAACUUCAUAAA